AGAGCGAUAGGGUGAAGAUCCUGUAGAGUAAGAAGCCACACAUGCAGCAUGGUGAGCAGUGGAUCGCUCUGGAGUUUUACCCUUUUAAACUUCCUAACCUUGUGCAUUAUAGUAAAUUGUAGCACUUGUUGUUUAAAUUAUCAGCACUGUGAGUUUCAUCCAGGUCAUAAAUUAGACUGUUUUAGUAGGUGGAAAGUGACUGGUGUAAAAGAAUGGAGAUGUGAAUGGCAACCAGGAAUCGGUGCCUCCAAAAAGACCUACACACUCAUCACACAACAGGGAAAGAGCUGCAAAUACAAUGGUAACAUAACUGGACACUAUGAAAAAAUUCAAAUAUUUCAAAGUAAGAACAUGAAUGCCACAAUCGUGGAAAAUCCAGAGUCACAAAACUGUACAAUGGCCAUUUUCAACGGAACGCCAAAAAAUCUAAUUCGAUGUGGCCCUCCAGCUACAUCUUCAUUUGAGCGACAUUCUGGGAUGUUUGGUGUUAAAGUUACCUGGCUAAUGUCUGAAAAGGAAUCAAUUCAGGGUUACACUGUGAGAUAUAAAGCAGCAGGUGAAUCAUUAUGGAAAAUGGCAGAUGAAAACAGCAUCAGAGAAGCCAGAUUAAACUCAAAUUUGAGCUACGAGGUGCAGAUAAAGUGCACAAACAACAGCAAAUGCCCACAGUGCCCCUGGAGUGACCCGUACAUUAUACCUCCAGAACUGAAAACACAGCCAGUUCUCAUCAGUGUUAAAAAAGUGGAGAACCCAGUUGCAAAAGACAGUCGUUUGGUCUCCCUCACUUGGAAGACUGUGGAAGUAGAAAGGCCAGAUGGGUAUACUGUCAGCAUUCAGAAAGCCUCAGGAGAAGAGCCAAGUGAGAGUUUUAACACCACUGACUCUGAGAUAACGCUUCAUCUGUCCUGUUCAGCUUACACCGUUAACAUUAAUGCCUUCAACAACGUCAGUGCCUCCCCAGCCCUGAACCGAACUAUAGAGACUUGUGAUGGUAUAACAAAUAUGGAUGCUGCAAGAUUAAAUAUUACCGUUCAUAGCAAUACUUCUUUUACUGUGUACUGGGAUAAGUAUGGACUUUUGGAUAAGUAUGUCUGCUACUCUGUGGAGUGGAGUCAGAAGAACCAACUCCGAGCUGCUUAUUUAUCAUUUUUUGAAGACAAAGAGAGUCAAAGGACUUUUCAUUUAACAGAAGCACUGGAGCCUUACAAGAGGUACACGCUCUCUCUACACACACGCCCCAAUAAAGAGACGUGCAACCUAAAACGCAUCAACGGCACUGAGAGUACUUUUGGCAGCGUGUAUUUCUAUUUCGUGGAGGGAUCCCCCAUCAGUGCUCCAACUAAUAUCAGCUACUACAAUGUGACAUCCAGUUCAAUAGUGCUGCAGUGGUCACCCAUCCCAGAAGAGGAUCUAAGAGGCUUUCUACUGGGCUACAACAUUUACUACAAAGAAUACAGCAACAGCAGGGAUACAGAUACAGCAGAGAAAGUUGUGAGCGUAGAUGCAGAUUUGACCCGCUGUGUAAUUAAAGACCUCAAAUCUGGCAUGGGGUAUCAAGUUGAGAUUUCAGGUUUCACUCGGGCUGGGAUAGGAGUAAGAAGCAUCACAGGGUCUUUUCAAACAUAUAAAGUAAAAGACAGUGUAAUUAUCGUGGUCUUUGUUACUGCACUGAUACUGCUGAUAGUGGCAUGUCCAGUAUUAAAAAGAACUAAAGCAAUCCUUUGGCCAAGUAUACCAAACCCUGAGCACAGCAAUGCUAUACAAAAAAUAGAGAAGUCCUGCGAGAUUGAACUACUUGACUCACUUCAAACAUUGAAAGUGGAAGAGUGGCAUACGAGCAGCUUACAAAUGAUUGAAGAAAGUGCUGUUUGUGUUUCAUUGCCAAAGCUCUUUUCUGUUCUGACCAAAGAAGACUCUGGUCUGAUGGAGCCUGAGAAGGUCCAAGAGGACACAGUCACAGACAUCAUUUUAGAUCAAUCUGCACACUUGGAAAUGACUGAACUUCCAAAUACUCAGACUGCCUUCACUUGUGGAUAUACUACUUUGCAAAUGUUUCAACAAACUGUGACAUUUCAGUGCAGCCCAACCAUUAAUCAAUAAGCCAUAGAUGAACUGCAUGACAUGGCUGAAAUCAAACCAGUCAUGGACUAUGUUGGACGGUUUUGCUCGAGCCCGACUUUUGACUUGUCCACAAGACUGUGAACUUUUACAUUAAGACACAUUAAAAUUAAUAUUUUAUCAGUGUUUGGUUUAGAUAAAACUACACAUGAUCUAAGCCAUCUUUGAUAAUGACCUACACUGUAUUCUACAGCAUGAUUACAGGCGUCUGAAAACUAUAUUAACCACUUUUUUUCACUGAAAAACAUUUUGUUUAGUUAAAUGGUACUUUGAAAGGCAGCUAUUCACACUUUACAAUAACAGUGUCAAACUUUUUGAGAUGUUAUUU